GUUUUCAAACCAAAUUCAAAGAUAAGAUGACAUGCCCCACGCAAAGUUAAAGGUCACAUUAAGUUUUAAUCAUUCAAAGAUUAUUUCACUAAGUACGUUCCAGCUCUUUUCUUUGAGAUAUUCCAGCAUUUCAUCAUUAUUUUAUAAGUUUAUUCACUGUAUUUUUAAUACCUACAGACCUUUGUUAGGUUUAUGAUCUGAUAUGUUUCUGUAACCUGUCUACUUUUGAUAUUGAUAAGGAACCAUAAUGAUUUGUUUUGUCUAGCCUGGCUUGUUACUUCCAAAGUCCAAGAGAUUAAACUAGUCAUCACUCUCAUACAAUCCACAGGUUCAUCAAUCAGAGACAUGCUUGAACGAAGCCACAGCUUGAGAAUACCUGGAGCUGAGAUUCUUGAUCUAAGAAUCGCUCUUUAUGAGCACAAAGAAGUAAUUGAGAGGCUCCAAGAUGAGUUACACGCAGAGAGAGAGGCAUCUGCCACAUCAGCAAGCGAGGCCUUGUCAAUGAUUCUUAGGCUGCAAGGAGAGAAAGCUGAUCUGGCCAGAGAAGCUGGAAAGUACAAGAGGAUAGCCGAAGAAGAGAUAUCUCACGCUGAGAUGUGGUUUGCGCAUUUGGAGGAUUUUAUUCACCAGAAAGAGAAUGUAAUCACUGCGCUUGAGUGCCAAGUGUAUGCUUAUAGAAGCCAGCUUUUGAGCUUGGGGCAUAGUGACUUGACUAGCUUAGAUGUGAAGCUUCAAGAGAAUGAUAAGAACAAGUCAUUGAGUGAUAGAUCUCAUAUACCCUUUCCAGAAUUGGCUAAUGAUCUUUCUAUUCCAGUGGAGAAGGAAGUUAUUGAGGAGAGCUUGGAUUCAAAGAAGAGUUACUUUGAUGUGUACUGGGACCAUAUCAAGAAGCUGGAUGAGAAAGUGAAAGAGCUUAAAACUGAGGACGCUCUGAAGAUGAAGGUUGCAAAGCAGACAAAGAUGAAAAAGAAAUCAACUAAACAGACAAGAGACAGAAGCGGCAAGAGAGACCGUGCAGAGUAUCAAUCUGAAAUGCAGCGGUUGAGAGAAAGAGUAGAGCAGCUUGAGAAGGAAAAAACUAAGACAGAACCUGAAACUAGUGGAGUGAUACUCAUGGAAAUGAAGGAGGAGGUAAGAUCUGUUCAAUCAUCUGAAGAGAAGAGGUCUAAUACAAUGGAGAAUUUACAACCCUGGAUUGAUCCAGCCAUUGUCUCCGUUCAAGAGGCAAUGCUUAAUUUCUGGCUGUGAGACAAAGAAAAGUAAGGUAUAAGAAGAUUUUUUUUGUUUUAUUUUGAGUGUAUUGUGUUCGGUUUUUGUUUGCUUCAAGCCAGAAUCUGUAACUUUUUGUGUAAAAAAAGCUCAAGACCCUUCUCUGUAGAUUGUCUUAAGAGUAACAUAUACCAAAACAUCAUCUUGUAAUUAUUUUUGUGUGCAAGUAUGUAUUGAAGAUAAAUGCAACGGUAUUGACAAAGACCUGUUA